CAAUACAACAAGAACAACCAUAUGGAUUCAACGAAAUCCUUCAAGAGCUAUAGCAAGGUAGAUGAACUCGAAGAACAGGCAUAUCGAAAAAAGACCCGCAAGCGGAUGAUCAUCAUCACACUCUCCACCAUCAUCUUGAUAGCCAUCGUAAUUGGUGCAGUCUUAGGAAUACUCUUUCCUGUAAAAAGCUCAAAAUCUCAAGAGAAUCCAGCAAAUUACACAGCCGAGAACAUCGAUGCAAUAUGUAUUAUGACUCGGUAUCCUGACUCUUGCGAUUCAAGCAUAGCUUCCCUCAGGAGCUCCUCAAAUGAUACUGACCCAAGUCCAAGCCCUGGAAAAAUCUUCACGCUGUCCAUGCAAGUUGCGCGCGAUGAAUUGAUAAGGCUCUCGUCUUUGCCACAGAAGAUCAUUUCUUCUAAUGUGACUAGUGAUCCCCUGGUGCGUGGAGCGUUGGACAAUUGUGAAACCCUUUUCAAGGACGCAGUAGAGUAUAUCAAUGACUCCAUAGCAUCCAUGCAAGUUGGACAAGCAGAGAAAAUUGUGCUUUUAAAGGCCAAGAUUAACGACAUUAGGACGUGGCUUAGCAGCGCAAUCACGAAUCAGGAAACAUGUUUGGAUGGCCUGAUUGAGGCAGCAAACCACAUAUUUAUACCCCAAGAGGUGGAAUAUGCUAUGCGGAACUCCACUGAGUUCAGCAGUAACAGCCUGGCGAUUGCGUCCAACUUGAUGACCAUCCUGCAUCAUUUCCAAGUUUCUGUUCAUCGGAGGUUGCUAAAACUUGACAACCACCAUGGCCACGAAUCUGAUUCCGAUUUUCCAGGAUGGGUUCAUAGCGGGGAGAGGAGAUUGCUCCAGGAGGAAAACCCUAGACCUGAUCUAAUCGUGGCUCAAGAUGGUAGUGGAGACUUUAGGACAAUAAGUGAAGCAGUGGAAUCAAUUCCAAAGAAGAACAAAUCCAGGUUUGUUAUCUAUAUAAAGGAAGGAGUAUAUUUAGAGAAUGUGAAAAUUGAUAAGGACUGCUGGAAUGUAAUGGUUUAUGGAGAUGGCAUGUACAAGACAAUCGUCUCUGGCAGCUUGAACAAGGUGGACGGAACCCCAACAUUCUCCUCUGGCACCUUCAUUGCUGCUGGGAGGGGAUUCAUAGCAAGAGACAUGGGCUUCAGAAACAUUGCCGGCCCAGUGAAAGAGCAAGCUGUUGCAUUGCGUUCGUCUUCAGACCAAUCUGUAUUCUACCGCUGCUACUUUGAUGCAUACCAAGACACUCUCUAUACACAUGCCAAUCGCCAAUUUUACCGUGACUGCCAUAUCGCUGGAACCAUUGAUUUCAUUUAUGGAAACGCGGCUGUGGUUCUGCAAAAUUGCAGCAUUCAACCAAGGCAGCCCGGGCCUGACCAGUUCAACACGAUCACAGCCCAAAGCAAAACUGACCCAAAUCAGAACACGGGAAUUUCGAUCCAACGGUGCAAUAUUACUCCUUUCGACAAUCUGACGGCUACAACGUACCUUGGUAGACCUUGGAAGGAUUAUGCCACCACGAUAUUCAUGCAGUCAUACAUUGGAGAAUUCGUGGACCCAGCAGGAUGGACCCAAUGGACACAGGGAGUUGAUCCUCCUAACACAAUAUUCUACGCCGAGUAUCAAAAUAUAGGGCCUGGAUCACAAACCGGUCAACGAAUUAAUUGGCCCGGUGUUAGGCCCAAUCUCACCAACGAAGAAGCAACAAGAUUUACGGUGGAGCCUUUUAUCCGGGGAAGGCAGUGGUUGCCAAAGGCCAAUAUAAUUUAUGAAUCAAGUUUAGAAUGAGGAAGAUGAAAAUAAUGUGCAAAAAGGGCAA